GCCGGGAUCAAUACCCCGAGCUUUCCUCACGUUGUCAACCCCUCGUCAAGCCUCGGCGUCGUACGUCGUGAAAACUUCUCGUCAAAACACAAGUAGGCUAUGUGCUGUUUCCUCUCACGUGGUUUGUAAUCAACGAGUUGACCAAUUACAUUUUUUACCGACACCAUCUUGUCAUUGAUGGCUCAGUAUCAGCAGAUUGAUGGGGAAUGGUCGAAUCACGUGACGUCUCCUAGACAAGCACCUUAUUAUAAAGAAGAACACCUUGAGGUGGACCUUUACCAGAGGGACUCAGACCUACGUCACCGGUACCUGACCUGCAUGAAGAACCCCGGCCACGAGAAGUUCCUGUCCGUCAAAGAACUGACCAUAGACGACCUCCCCCCACCCCUGAAGCACCAGUCAGUGUUUGAUUACGUCACAGCUUUCAGCAAGCUAGUGGUCAGGUUAAAGGUCAAACAUACCAGCUCAGCUAGGCACAAAGAGGAUCCUUUCAGGAACUUUGUGGGGAAGUGUGUGUGGAGGGGGGCCACGGGGUGUGUGGCGAGAGAUGUGGACGUCACUCACGUGAGGGAGGUCACGUGUAGAGAUGACAGCUGCAUUCUCGCUGGCUCUAGUCACUCAGUGUACGGCUUCAUCAACGUGAGAACCAACCGGCACGUGAUCUGUGACGUCACUGAGGCACGGAACACAGAAGUCGAGUUUUUCUUCGACACGCCCGAUCGCCUCGGCAUCGUCACGCUGACGGGGCAUGACGUCAUCUCUGACGCCGACAGCGAGCAGUGCGUCACGCUCCAGUGCGUCACCCACGAUACAGACUUCAUCAGGAAGAUCCACCGUCUGGUGGAGGAGGCGAAAAUCCUUUGCGCGGCCAUUCCCAAAUCCGUCAAAUACGCCAUGACGGACUUUGCCAUCGUGGUCUCCCACCCCCACGGUACCGCCAAAGCCCUCUCCGUCGGGGGCUUGCUGGAGUACCAGAAAGUCUCGAACAAAUCCAGCGGCUUCAAGUGGCUGACGAAGAAACGUUUCAAGCUGCGCGUGACGACCUACAUCACCGCCACGUGCCCCGGAUGUACUGGCGCGCCCAUCGUCACCGGAUAUGACGACAGCAUUGAGUGGUGGUCCAUGGCCCACAGUACCGCAGAUUUGGCCUCAGGUAUUCAGAUGGCCUUCACUGUAAGCUAAAUAUACAACUGCCUUUGGUGUACAUUUGAACACCCUGUGAUUGUUGUUCACACACAUGGAGUUCAGCCCCUUUGUGAGUGUUGAUGGAUAGAAGGGAGGUAACCUGUAGGGACUAAGAUUUUAUUUUGUCGUAAAAUUGAACUAAAGAGCAGGAUCUAUCACACAAAUGUCUCAAGCUCUGUUGCUUGGUGUCACACAAAUAUCUCAAAUUUGGUUCUUUGCUCAUGUGUUUAAGCCCCCCCCCCCAUCCUCCAUACAGCUCUAGAUUAGACUGUAGAAAAAUAGUUCAUCCUUAGCAAGAAUUGGUAAAAAAAAAUACUUCACAAAAUGUUUUCGAUUCACCAGCUUUAGCUUCGUUUUGGUAGCUGACAACAGCAGAAAUCUGUGUUACUUCCAGAAACUCGGGCAGAAAUAAACGCCACAGCAUGGCAGAGGCGUAGCGACCCUUCCCUGCGCCCGGGGACAAACUUUCAAUUUGGCGCCCCCUCGGGAGCAAAUUUUCGAUUUGCACUCCCCUCAAAUUUCUA